GGGGACAAACAUGGCUGACGAUUUAGGGGAAGUAAACACAGCUGCAGACGAUGGCGAAACACAACCGGAGCAAGACGACUCCGAACUUUUUAACACUGAAACUCACGAGUACGACUGCGACGACAACGGCCUCGACUAUGCUGACAAGCCGCUGGUUGAGAGCAGCUGGUCGGCUCCUCUUCUGUCUCUGGCUCGAAAGGCCACGGAGACGAUCAGUAGCGGAGUGAGCUACGCCUCCGCCCGGGGGAACUCCGCUCAUGGGUCCGCUGCGAGCCCCACGGCGGAAAAAGAGCCCGAAAGCGAGUUAAACAGCACAGGAAAGAAGCUUCCAGUGGUGCUCCCCAAAGACCACAUGGCAAUAGAAAGAUCCAAUCUUCUCAGCAUGCUGAAACUCAGCAUCAAGGUUUUGAUCCAGUCCUCGCUGAAUCUGGCCCGGACUCUGGAUUCCGAGUAUCCACCCUUGCAACAGUUUUUCCUAGUCCUGGAACAUUGCCUCAAACAUGGACUGAAAGCCAAGAAAUCCUUCAUCGGUCAGAACAAGUCCAUUUGGGCACCUUUGGAGCUGACGGAGAAGCUGUGUCCAGAAUCUGCCAACAUAGCCACAAGCGCCAGAGACCUGCCUGGCAUCAAGACUGGUUUGGGGAGAGGGCGAGCGUGGCUACAUUUAGCACUCAUGCAAAAAACGAUGGCUGACUAUAUGAAAGCCUUGCUAGAUCGCAAGGAUCUCCUGAGUGAGUUUUAUGACUCUGGAGCUCUGAUGAUGGAGGAGGAAGGAGCAGUGAUGGGAGGACUGCUUGUGGGCCUCAAUGUGAUCGAUGCAAACCUCUGUAUUAAAGGCGAAGACCUCGAUUCUCAGGUGGGAGUCAUUGACUUCUCCCUCUACCUAAAGGAUUCUACUAACACUGAGACUCCAAAAGAUGGUGCCAAGAUGACUGCCAUCUUGGACCAGAAGCAUUACAUCGAGGAGUUAAAUCGUCACCUCAGCGGCACCGUCACUGACCUGCAGGCGAAGAUGGACGCUCUGGAGAAGACCAACAGCAAACUUGUAGAGGAGCUAACCGCAGCGACUGACAGAAUCAACUCUCUACGAGAAGAACAGGAACAGCUGAGAAUGGACAACGAGUCGAUCUUGCUGUGCAGCCAGAAAAAGGAAGAGGCUGCUCUUCAAGACAGCCAGGCUGAGCUGGACACUUACAGGCAGACUCGGCAAGGCCUGGAUGAGAUGUAUAAUGUUGUGUGGAAGCAGUACAAAGAAGAAAAGCGCAUUCACCAGGAGUUGGAGCGUGAGCUGGAGCUGCAGUUGGGGCUAAAGCAGGAAAUGGAGGUGGCCAUGAAGCUGCUGGAGAAGGACUCCCAUGAGAAGCAGGACACACUGGUGGCCUUGCGACUCCAACUGGACCAAGUCAAGACUCUCAACCUUCAAAUGUUCCACAAAGCUCAGGACUUUGAACGAGAGGCGGCAAAAAAACAGGCUGAAACGGAACAUCUGGAGCAGAAGAUGAUUGACAUGGAGAAAGCCAUGACGGAACUCGAGCUGAGGCUACACAACUCUGAGCAAGAUCGUAAAAAAAGCGAUCAGUCAGACAAAGACUUGAAGGAAGUGCUGGGUGGGAAAGUCAACGCUCUUCAGAGACAGCUGAGCGACCUGGACACAUUAAGGCUGGGCUUGGAGAAGGAGCUUUUGGUUGAGAGGGAACAGAGACAAAACCUACAGAAAGCUCUUCAGAGGGAGCAGGACAACAGCGUGGAGCUUCGCACACAGCUGCAACAACUACAAGGCCUGCACUCGGAGCUGCAGGACCUAAAAGAGGAGAAACAGCAGCUGCAGCAGAUAUGUGAGCAGCAGGAACAGGCUUUGCAGGAGAUGGGACAGCAUCUCAGCCAGUCUAAACUCAAGAUGGAGGACUUUAAGGAGGUUAACAAAGCCCUGAAGGGUCACGCCUGGUUAAAAGAUGACGAGGCCACACAAUGCAAGCAAUGCCAGAAGGAGUUCUCCAUCGCACGAAGAAAGCACCACUGCAGGAACUGUGGGGAUAUUUACUGCAACACCUGCUCCAGUAACGAGCUGGCUUUACCCUCGUAUCCUCGGCCAGUGCGGGUCUGCGACAUGUGUCACGCUCUCUUGCUGCAGAGGAGUUCAUCCACUGCUUCCUGACAGACCUGCUGCCACUUGGAUCUCUCACUGCACAGUCUCGAUCAUGUUUGUAGAACAAUGACAGCCAGGUAUGGACAUUUCAACUGAAUCUAAUAUGUACACAAAUAUAUAUAUAUUAAUUCUAGGGAUUUAAGUCUUGCAACUCAAGAUUACAUUCAAUCCCUACUCUUUUGAUGACAGUUUAAUCCAGAAUCAAUUCAACCACAUUAUUGCAAUAUAUUUGGUAUAUAAAUUACAAAAAAACAUUUUCAAAACAGGCUAAAAAAAGCCUACAUAAUCUAGAUGGUUUAAAAACUAAUUUUUUUUAAAAUCGAUACAGAAUCACGAUUCAGGUGUGAUUUUUCUGGAACUCUUAAAAUACAUUUAUUCAGUACAGUAGUACUGUUUUAGAGAAUUCCUUUUUUGACAGCAAGUGGGAAAUGGAUUGUGAUUGUCAAAGAGAAUGAAUCGACGUUUUAAUGUCAUCUUUUCUAAUAUUCUGAUGUAAAAGGUGCACCAAGAUUGUAUUGUGUACUUUUAUUUUGAUAUUCAUUGUAGUGUAUCAACACUACAUUAGCUGACUGUUUACAGAUAGCGGUCAUCUGUGUAAAUGAUUGUAGAAUGACACAAAUGUAACUUUUUUUUAGACUGUAUUAAAACAUGGUUUGCAUAUAUCCUAAAGAGCUGUUUUCUAUUAUCAUCUGGG